AUGAAGCUGAUGAGUAAGCCACCUUUGAAACAAAGCACACUGAUUGAGGAAACUGCAGCAGCUGGCAAAGAUAUUCAUAGCAUUUUAAGGCUGCAAAGUCAGCAAAUUUUAGCACAACAGAAACAGAUUGAGUCUCUUGUUGCUGCUUUGAGUAGUAGGGAUGUGUCCUCUCGGGGUGGUGGUCAGCGGAGGUGUUGGGUGUGUGGUUCUGUGGAACAUCUGAGAAGAAAUUGUCCACAGAGAGCUGAAGGCACAAGGCCAGCAACCCCACCUGUUCAGUCGGGGACCCGGGCAGAGAAUUUAAACUAGUUGGGCCCACUGAAGGGAGCCAUGUCGUGGGUGAACAUUCAACUUACGGAGACUCAAUCACUGAGAACGCUGUAGGGAACUGCCCAGAGGUGAAGGUUAAGUUGGGAGGUGUGGAUGUUGGAUGUCUGAUUUAUACUGGUGCUGAGGUGUCGACUAUAACUGAAAGUUUUUACAAGGAGUUCGUGGACUUUGCAGAGUCAAGUCCACGAAAGUUAGCUCAGAGCAGUGAAGUCGUCGUUCUUCAUCCAUUGCAGAUGUAUAAAUUACCAAUUAUGAGUCAAGAGACUGUAGCAGAGAUAGUGAACGAUAAAGGACAUGUGCGUCUAGUCGGAUCAGGCUCAAUCCUAGUCCAAGCCUGCAGUAUUAGAGUAUUAGAAGGAUCUGUAAAACCAGCUGAGGGUUUCCCAGCUAACCUAGCUGAGCUGCCCUGCGGAGUCACUGUUGGUGCAGCAAUUGUCACUGCUUAUAACAAUAAGAGAGUUUCCAUCUUAUUGGCUAAUUUUAGUCACAAAGAUGUUUACCUACACCCCUGGACCCCGGUUGCUGCUAUAUCAACUUUUCAUGAGACCAACCUUACAGUUUGUACGUGUAGGUGA